AUGGCUACCAAUACCUCCACCUAUAAGCUUAACCACACGAUGAUGCGGGUCAAGGACCCGCAGCGAUCAGUGGAGUUCUACAAGUUCCUCGGCCUCAGCCUAGUGAACAAGAUCGACAUGCCGGAAUGGAAGUUCUGCAACUACUUCCUGGCCUACAACGGCCCAGCCUCCCUCCAAGGUGACCGCCACUGGACCGACCGCAACGCCGUGCUGGAGCUCACCCACAACUAUGGUACCGAAAACGACCCCAACUACAGCGUGGUGAACGGCAACACAGAGCCGCACCGCGGCUUCGGCCACAUCGCCAUCUCAGUCGACAACAUUGAAGCUGCUUGCAAGCGCAUCGAGGAUGCCGGCUACCCCUUCCAGAAGAAAUUGACAGAGGGCCGUAUGCGCCACAUUGCCUUCGCCAAGGAUCCCGAUGGUUACUGGGUUGAGAUCAUCCGUCGCGCCGACGAGGAUAUGGGUACCACUACUGACCCCGGCAGCUACCGUCUGAACCACACCAUGCUGCGCGUCAAGGAUGCCGAGGCUAGUAUCAAGUUCUACCAGGAGUCCAUGGGCAUGACCCUCGUCCGCACCAUUGAGAACCCGGAGAACAAGUUCAACCUCUACUUCCUGGGAUACCCUGCCUCCAACCCGGAGAUCAAGGAGGGUACGAAGAACGGAGUUGCCGAUUGGGAGGGUCUGCUUGAGUUGACUUGGAACUACGGCACUGAGAAGCAGGAGGGUCCUGUCUACCACAACGGCAACACCGAGCCCCAGGGUUUCGGUCACAUCUGUAUCUCGGUGGAUGACCUCCAGGCUGCGUGCGACCGGUUCGAGACGCUCAACGUGAACUUCAAGAAGCGCCUGACCGACGGGCGGAUGCACAACAUUGCAUUUGUCUUGGAUCCCGAUGGAUAUUGGAUUGAGGUUGUGCAGAACGAGAAGAUCAAGCGCACAUCCAACUGGUAG